GCCGGAUUUAAUUACCCGGAUGCGGAAGUGCUCGCUCUCUUCUGUUUCAGGGCCUUCGGCCGUUGAGAUUCGGACCUUGGCCGCAGUCGCUAGAAGCCGUCGCCAUGCCUCGCAAAAUUGAAGAGAUCAAAGACUUCCUGUUGACAGCAAGGAGGAAAGAUGCAAAAUCUGUCAAGAUUAAAAAAAACAAGGAUAACGUGAAGUUCAAGGUGCGAUGCAGCCGGUAUCUGUAUACGCUCGUCAUCACAGACAAGGAAAAGGCUGAAAAAUUGAAGCAGUCUCUACCACCAGGUUUGGCUGUGAAGGAGCUGAAGUGAACCCCAGUCAUGCCCGCAGCUUAGACCAUGGGUUGUAAUAAAGGAAUUAAUUGUUUUUCUA